CUGAUUCAAGCGUAAUAAGCUGGCUGACACCGACCACAAUCAGGGCGGACAUUUGACACACGAUAAUAAAAAAAAAAACACGUCGAUGGGGCGAAGAAGGAACGGUAGACAGCUCCUGGCUGUCGUGCUGAUGACACUGACUCUUGAUGCGGUGUUGGUUGCUGUAGCUGAUAUUCAGAUCCAAACGUUCAAAAGUGCCCUAGGACCCAUACAAAAUAUCCUGUACCUGAAUCUUUCGCGAGACGAUGGUGUCGUCGUCGUAAGCGUGCGAAACGCUCUCUACGCACUGUCACCGGACGACUUGUCAGUCAGGGCGGCUUACAAGACGGGCCCCGAAAACGACAGCUCGCUGUGCCCACCAUAUCCUCUCUCCUGCAUCCACAGCCGUAAUGUGACAGACAACAACAACCGGAUCCUGCUGCAAGUGGGCACCGAACCCCUCGUUCUCGCCUGUGGCUCUACGUCGCAGGGCAUGUGCUCGAUCCACGACCCUUUACGUGGGCUGAACGUGACGGCGUCCAUGGACAAGACGCUGACAGAGAACUACGUCGCUUCGAAGCGGAGCACAGUGGCCUUUUUCGGAAACAGAAACGACGGAAGGCACGUCCUUUUUUCCGCUACAGUUUCGGACGGACGCCCUCCAGAGUACCGUCUCUUCCCCAUGUCUUCAAGAGUGCUCGACUUGUCGGGCUCCUUCGCACUGCUGUCUCACGCAAGUGCGGCCUCCAAGUAUCAAGCAGUUCACUUGGUUUACGGCUUUAGUAACAACGGCUUCGCAUACUUCGUUGAGGUGAGGAGAGGGCGUUCGCAGUCCCAGCACCCAUUGGAAACGUGGCUGGUGCGAGUAUGCGAGCAUGGCGAGUCAUCCUUCCGCACGUACGUGGCGGUACCUAUCGCAUGCCGCGCGCAAAACGUCCUUCUGUCGGUGGCCACCAGCGCCCAUUUGGGGCCGCCGAUGUAUUCAAGAGGUGGUGGCGGCAGCAACACCAUUCGUAUUCUUGCAGCGACUUUCGCAAUGUCUUCCACUGUCACGAUGAGCUCAUUCAAAAUGAAUUUGCCGAUUUCGGCGGUCUGCUUUUUUGACAUGAACAGCGUCGAGGAUGCAUUCUUGUCGAGUGCGAGACUGCCACGCCCGUACCACGAGAAGGGCCUCACCAUACGACCUUCAUAUUACGUGAGUAUAGCUCUUGGCUGA